AUGACAUCUAUUUUUCAUUCUGUUUUUAGGAAGUAUUCAACAUUCAUUAAAAUGUCUUCUACCAAACCUCCAAAUGAAAAUGAAACACCCAAGGUGAACCCAGAGCUUUUCAUUAAACCUAACAAACCUGUGAUGGCAUUUGGACUCAUAGCAGUUACCCUCUGCGUGGCCUACCUUGGCUAUUUGCAUGCAACAGUAGAGAAUAAAAAGGACCUUUAUGAAGCAAUUGACAGUGAGGGGUCCAGGUAUAUGAGGAGGAAAACUUCCAAGUGGGACUGACGGCGUAAGGAAAGAAAUCAGCAAAUCGGUCACAGAACUUUUCAAGGCAACUGCUAUUUUUUUCUCUGUCCAUUGAAAUAAUGAAUAAAUGUCUCUCUUGCUAUUUAAUCCAGUUUAAGUUCCUUUAUAAAAUGCCGUGCCUGUACAAAUACAUUGCAAUUAAGAUGCAUGCGAACAUAAAAGUGAUUUUAAGAAUUGUUGUCUGCAGUCUCCUCAG